GCGAGGUAAACAAAGCUGUGGCUGGAGCAGCUGGCGGCCACUGCUGACUUUGCUCCUACAUUACACCACCAAACUUGCUUUCUAGCCACUUCCAGGUCGCCCUCACACGCUGCAGUGAUCAAGUGCCUCGUUGGGGAGUGCCACUGAAGCAGAAAAGUGCCUCGGCCAGAUGCAAAUGUUCCGGCACACCGUUGGUGAUUGAUGAAUUUUUUUUUUUUUUUUUAGAGGGGUGUCUCGCAGGAACUUUUUUUUUGUGUUGUGACGAAGUGUUGUCCCUCUUGAGAGAUACUUGACACUUGAGCAGUGUUGUGCCUCCUCUGUGUGGCCUCUUGUUAUUGUAACACCAGCCCCCUCUCCCACACCCGUUGAGUAAGAUAACCUCAUAAAGAUAUCUGAUGGGCCCAAUGACUACUCUAGCUUGGACCUGUUGGAGAGGUCAAGACCUGAGGUCUACUACACCCGCGCCUUCACAGUUCACUUGAAACUCAGUGAUCCUGUCUUCAGGGGAGGUUUACCUGCUAUUUGGAGACUCACUUUACCAGGUUCUACAAGAUGUCCUCUCCAAGGGAAAAACUACAAGGGGCUGAUGCAUGCCCGGUGAUGAACUCCAGCAUGUCUGCAUGUACUUCUGAAAAGAAGAGUCCCUCUGGUUCUCGCACUCCAGAGAGGCCUCCAAGUGAUAAUUCACCCAUUUCAGAUGAUACAUGUCCAAUCUGUCUUAGCCAUAUUACUGAUAAGUGUGUGGCCAAUUCAUGCCUUCAUGGUUUUUGUUUGGUGUGUCUCAAAGAAUGGUCUAAGCAAAAAGCAGUAUGUCCUCUUUGUAAACUGAGCUUCACAACUAUAAUGUAUGACAUCAAAUCUGAAUCAGAAUAUAAAGAAUGGAAGGUUCCAAGACCAGAGCCAUUGGAAAGAAGUCAGGGCAUUGCCAAUUUUCAGGAGUUUCUUGAUGCCGAAAGGCGAAGGUUCUUCGGAUAUCGCACAACAAAUUUUCCUGGUGCUGCCACACUGCGCCGACAGCAUCCUGGACGAACACAUGCCAUUCCUGAUGCCAUUCCUUCUGGGCCUCGUGAACGCAGACACUCCAGAUAUUAUCUUAGAGGUUCAUCUAUGUUUCGCCUUAGUGUUUACCUCAAUAACGUUUGGGUGCAACCUAUAGCAGAUAUUACUGGUCGCUACAGACAAAGCUCUCCGGAUUUAUAUCGAGAGCAACCUGCACUCACACACCGUUUGGUGCCCUGGGUAAAUCGUGAGCUGGCAGCACUUUUACCAUCAUCCAGAAUUGGGGUUGUUCUUGGAGAAGUUAUGGAUCUUAUUGAAAGAUAUGCCAUUAAUUCUCGAGAAUUUCGACGUGCCAUGCAAGAACAUCUUGGAAGACGAACAAAUCAUUUUGUUCAUGAGUUUUACCAUUUUGCUCGCUCACCUUAUGACAUGGUUGGCCAUGACAAUGCAGCUCAGUAUGUUCCAAGAUAUGGAUUUAAUAAUGAAGACAGUAGCACCAGCAGUUCAGAUGACAGUGAUGCUGUAGUAGAGGUGGACAUGAGUGGGAACCCUGUCAUUGUCUCGGCAGGAGAAGCCCGCCAGGGUACCACUACACCUGGAGCGGUUGAGAGAGAAGAAACUUUAACACACGAAGGUUCUGUAGUAAUCAGCAGUGACAACUUUUCCAGUAGUGAGAGUAAUGAACCAACAAGCCUGAUGUCAGGGUUAGCACAGACGCAGCCAGAUUUUUCCGAGACUCAUAAUCCAGAGCCGCCUGAAUCACUUUACAUGAAUCGCUUGAUAGGUCGUGCCAGGGACUUUCUCAGUACCAUUAAUGAGGGAGCAUCAACGUCUAGACCUGCGGGAAGCUCUGGAAUGCAAAGUGCUGCAAAUAGCACAUUGAAAACAGAAGUCUCCUCAGACAGUGAACAGUCUGAUGCUUGUAUUGUUAUUGAAGAAGUGAAGAAAAGACACAAGACUCCAGAAAUAAUUAAUCUAGAUAGUGAUGAAGGUGAGCAACAUGCACCACCAUUAAAAGAAAAUGAUAAUCAUUGGAAGAAAAAGCUUAGUAAAGAUUUCAUAAAGGACAAAAAUAGCAGUGUAUCGAGUGUUUCUUCUCGCCAACAUAAAGUUAAAGAAAAACAAAAGCCCACCCUUAAGCGAACAAAUUUUCCUCUACAUAUUAGUCAAUCCAGCUGCAGCAGCACUUCCAAUAGAAAAUCGGCCAAAGAAGAUCAUAGUUACUGCAAUGAACAUGACUCAGCAAGUAUUGAAGCAUCUAGCUCAAAUGAUCAUAAUGGCUCAAUUCAGACUUCCUCCAUUGAAAUUUCACUAAAGUGGCAUAAAAGCUCUAAGAAUCAUGACUCGACAUUUAGUGUGAAAAAAAAGGAUAAGCAGUGUGCAAGUCUGACAGAUGCGAGCUCCUCAAAUGAUGAUUCUAGUUUGCCAAAUUUAUAUUGUAAAAAACGUAAGCAAAAAGACAAAGGCAAAAAGGCUAGCAAUAAAAGAAACCUUACGGCAAAGAGUAGGAGUACUGGCAAUACGGUUGGGUCUCUCUCCUCUCGGAAUAGGAUGAAAUCCCCAUCAAGAGAACUAAAUGCAUCACCUAAACGAAUGAAAAAGGACCACAGAUCAAAGAUUAAGAGUUCGUCGAGGUUCAGUUCAUGUCAUGAUGCCCAUGCAAGAAACAGCUUCACACCUUCUAAUUCCUCAGAAAGCUCUGAAGAAUCAUGGUGCCCCUCAGACCGCCUUUGGACACCACCGUCUAACAAAACAGAAGGAUCAUCGUCUCAAGAUCAAUGUUGGGACAGCCACAGCAAGCAAUCAUCGGGUGACUCGAAGGAUUCAUGCUUCAGGGAAUGGAAAGAUGAACACAGCAGCUCUAAAUCGAAGCAUUCCAAUAAAAAGAGGAAAAGAAAGAGUAAAGACAGACGAAAGAGUGAAAAAAGCAAAAAGAGCAAGAAAAGUAAGCAUAAAAAAAAAGGAAAAUCUAAAAAAUCAGUUUACAAGUGUAGUUCUUCAGAUUCAGAGACCGAUUUUUCAGAGCAAAGCUCUAAGAGACAAAAGAAGAGAAAACGUAGACUAGCAGAUAGCUCUUCUAGAUCUGAGUCCGAGUCCAUAGAGAUUGGGUCGAGGAAAAGAGCAAGAAAGACUAUGAUAUUAUCUGACACGUCCUCCACCUCUCAUGUAUCGCCAGGUAGUGUUCAUUCAUCACAUGAUGACUCUUGAUCAAAGUUAUAUGCAUGGCUUAUGAUGUUUUAAUAUACUGUAUAUCAAUAAAGCCACCUUAUGUUUAUUAUGCAUAAAAGUUGUCUUAAAAUUAAAUUCAUGUAAAUUUGUCACAAAUAAUAAAUGCAUUAACUUUUAUUUUUCCAGACUGAGGUGUGCCUUAGGUCAUAACGGCAGGUAUUCCUCCGCAAAACUUUUCUUGGCAUGUAGAGGUGAAAAGUGGAGUUGUGAAGUUAUAUUAAUCACUUUCUGCAUCAGACUUCAGUUCAAUUUUUCAUAUGAUUUAUAAGGGAUGAUAAUAUUGUGCAUCGGAGACAGUGUAAUUUCCUUCCAAAACUUAAAUUCUUGGGGGCUCAGAAGACCUGGUUAAACCUCCAUGAUGGUGCUCAUUUUGAGAAGAUACAGUUUGCCUGUAUGUAGUAAACGAUGCUUAUUAAGUCCAGGUACAUUUAUUGAGACCAUAAAGACCAUAAAAUGCAAAAGGAUAGCAUAGGAUAUUUCUACCCUCCUGUGCUUAUUAAUUGUUACGACUAUAUCUCAGCCCAAUUUUUCUAGGUUUACCAAUUUUCCUGAGCAUAUUAAUAAAUGUUGAAUGGCUGCAAUUGCUUGCAGCUUACAGUACCCUGCAUGCUUGGGGGUGAUCCUGGGCAGUGGGGGUGCAAAUCAUAGUUUGGUCAAAAAAAAGAGUUUUUAGCAAUUUAUAUCUCAUGAGGAGUAAUUUAUGAGGAUUGGUUUCAUGGGGGAAGAUAACGUACAGUGUGUUAUCUACAGCUCCGGCUCAUUGUUCUGUAACCUGCAGUAUACUGUCAUCUGGUUUAAUGAGGAUUGUUAAGCAUAUUAGAAUUUUUGUACAAAGCCUUAGUAAUAAGAUAUGAACCUGAGUAUUAUUAUAACUUUUCUUUUAUAAUUGUUCCAAGUAGUCUAUUUUAAACAAAACACUAACCUACUGUGGGAGAAUCUUGAGAGACCAUUCUCUCACUGCACAGUGCACCGAUCCUCGUGCACACCUACACUGUUCCCUUUAUGCCAUUAUGGGAUAUGUCCUAUGUGUAGGCCUGUUACUUUCCAUGAUGGAUGCCUGCAGUUUGCUUUAUCCUGUGCUUGUUUUGUCACUCGCCUCUACCAUCCCCCGGAUCAUGUUAUUUAUCCCUCCCAUCUUAUGUAUACCACAUGUACAGUAUUUCUUCAAUGUUUCAUUUUUACAACCUAAUUUCUAGAUUUAUUUGUCUUCUAAUUCAUGUAACACUUGCAGUGGUCAGGGCUGGAUGGCAACAUAGUCCAUGUAACACUUCCAGUGGUCAGGGCUGGAUGGUAACAUAGUCCAUGUAACACUUGCAGUGGUCAGGGCUGGAUGGUAACAUAGUCCAUGUAACACUUGCAGUGGUCAGGGCUGGAUGGCAACAUAGUCCAUGUAACACUUCCAGUGGUCAGGGCUGGAUGGCAACAUAGUCCAUGUAACACUUCCAGUGGUCAGGGCUGGAUGGUAACAUAGUCCAUGUAACACUUGCAGUGGUCAGGGCUGGAUGGCAACAUAGUCCAUGUAACACUUGCAGUGGUCAGGGCUGGAUGGUAACAUAGUCCAUGUAACACUUGCAGUGGUCAGGGCUGGAUGGCAACAUAGUCCAUGUAACACUUCCAGUGGUCAGGGCUGGAUGGCAACAUAGUCCAUGUAACACUUGCAGUGGUCAGGGCUGGAUGGUAACAUAGUCCAUGUAAUACUUCCAGUGGUCAGGGCUGGAUGGUAACAUAGUCCAUGUAACACUUCCAGUGGUCAGGGCUGGAUGGUAACAUAGUCCAUGUAACACUUCCAGUGGUCAGGGCUGGAUGGUAACAUAGUCCAUGUAACACUUCCAGUGGUCAGGGCUGGAUGGUAACAUAGUCCAUGUAACACUUGCAGUGGUCAGGGCUGGAUGGCAACAUAGUCCAUGUAACACUUCCAGUGGUCAGAGCUGGAAGGCAACAUAGUCCAUGUAACACUUCCAGUGGUCAGGGCUGGAUGGCAACAUAGUCCAUGUAACACUUCCAGUGGUCAGAGCUGGAAGGUAAAUCACACCACCUCCACUGUGCACUGAUACUUUCAAGGCCUCUGUAAAACUAUUAUUUUCCUAAUUAUUUCUUGGUGCAGUGUUGUAUGAUUGCACAGUGUUAGUCCCUAAUGCAUUGUUUCAAUUGCUUGAACUAUUGUGUUUUAUGUGAUAAGCUCUUCAAAAUAUACUUUACAUUACUCUGGAAUUUCAGUACAUUUGAAUAUGCCCUCUAUUUCCAUCUUCUAUUUUAUAACUUCUGUAUUCUGUUUUCUUUCUCACUACCCUUUAACAAAACAAUUUCUCUUCUGGCUUUCAGUAGCUUCACAGUGCCUUACCUCUGGACCAUAGAGGCAUCUGGAAAACUCUUAAGACCUUUGGACUUAGUGCAUAGUAAUCAAAGAUAGUAGUAUAUUGUGAUCAAAGAUAAACUACCUAGAAAAUAUAGGCAAAGCAAAACAAACUACAUGUCUUGAUGUCUUGAAGAAAGAGAGAGAAAAUGUAAACAAUCUCAACACAUGCACCUGGUAGCUCAGGUCAUCCAUGGAUUCAACCUGCUUGCCUGCCUGCCUUACUCUCAUGCCUUGGGUUGUCCUGCAGAAAUCACUAAGAAAUCUUUUUGACCUGACUAGGAUUCGACUCCCCGCUGCCCAGGAUCACCCCAAUUGUGCAGGGUAUUGUAACCAGCCUCAUUGAUCAUUGGUGAAGUAGUUACAGUACCCUGUGCGCUUGGGGGGUUCGAAUCCUAGUUUGGUCAAAAAGAGUUCUUAGCGAUUUAUGGCUCAUAUGUUCGUGCAGCCUUACAUUCAUACAUACACACUGUAUACAGUAUAUAUAUAUAUAUUUUUUUUGUGCUUGGCUAUGUUAUUCAUAGGUAUGCCUUGCUUGUUUGAGAUUUUGCUUAUGUGUUGAAUAAGGAAUAUUUCAGUUUAAUUCAGUGACACAGUACACAUCUCCCCCCCCCCUCAAUCCAUACUUUUCAGGCAUCUGCAUGAGGAUUCAACCUUCCUAUCUAUGCAUCUGGUUUAUAUGACCAUUAACAGAUCAGAUGGCCAGUUACCAUUUGGACUAGGUGGCUUGCUUGUCAUAUAUUCUCUAACAUACUAUAUUAUAUUCUUUACUAGAAUAUAUCAAUAUAAUCAUAGCAUAUUUGAUAUGAUUUUGUAUGCCUUUUAUCACUUCGUAGGUUGUUUUGUGAGGCUUCAUAUUAUUCAUCUGUGAUUCAACUUCUGCUGCUUGUAACUUUCAGUAAUGAGAGUCGGUAUUAUCAGACUGAUGGAGAUUUCAGUUUUAUCUGGUACUCUGCCUGCCGGUUUCAAGUUUUUCGUUGUCCUGUGUGGUACCCGAGUCAGUGCCCCAGGAAGCUACUGAGAACGUCCAGAAGAGGGGGUUUCAUUACAUUCAACAUUUAAUUUCUUCCCAUAUCCUCGUCUGCUUUUUUCUUUGCCCCCUCUAAAUCAGUCAUUUUAAAUAUAAAAAAUCACUUUAUACUUUUUGUACUCUUCUUUUUUUAUAUUUCUUUCAGUUUUCAUUCAGAUCAUUUAGUUGCAGAUGUUUAAUAUGUGCAGCUUUUUUCACUGCUUGUUUUGACCUUCUUCUCCAGUCAUAGCAGUUCCUUCCAUCACAAACAAUUUCUGCUUUACUCUGAGAAAUAUAUGUAUACUUUCUUAUCAAUUUUUAUCAUAAAUAUUUCUCACUUUAAUUUUUUUGAGCUUCUUCAUUGUUUUCUUCAUCGUCCUUUAAACAAUCUGUAAUUACAUUCCUCCAGUCUUAGCCAUCUGUCACGGUGUUUUCUGCAGUCCCAGCCAUCUGCCAUGGUCCUCUACCGUAUCCAACCAUCUGCCACUGCUCUUUCAGACCCAACCGUCUGUCACUCUUCUCCAAAUCUAACCAUCUGUCACUUUUUGUGAAAUUAAAUGUUCACUCUGUAUUUCAAAUAAUUUCUCUAGUUAUUUCUAAAUGCAUUUCAGUUUAACAAUCUAUUUCAUAUACAGUAUAUUAAACAUGUGUACGGUAAUCCUCUCUCUCAUUUAUGAACACCGCAGUAUAUGGUUAGGAAUCGAGUUUACUUUUUAAAUAUACUGUACUGUAGUUAUUUAUGAUUUAACCAAUGAAAAGCAUACAUUCACUGUUAA